CAACAUUACAUCCUAGUUAAGGGAGAGCUACUAUGGGAAAGAAAAAUAAGGAGCAUAACAAUAAUCAAAAUAACAACAAUAACAAUAAGGAAGAAAACAAUGAAAAGAAGGAAGAGAAGGGGGGUGUGGUGUUGAAAGCAAAUAUACACUGUGAAGGUUGUUCCGACCAAAUUUCUAAGUGCUUAAAAGAUUUUGAAGGAAUAAAUCAUAUAAAGAUUGAUAGAGAAAAUCAAAAGAUCUACCUGAAAGGAGACAUAAAAGAUCCAUCUAAAGUUUUGGAAAGACUUCAAAAGAAAUACAGCAAGAGUGUUGAGCUGAUUUCACCAAAACCAAAGUCUGACAACAAACAGAAAAAAGAGUCAGAAAAAAAGGAACAGACUAAAUUGAAAACUAUAGUGCUCAAGAUGUAUAUUCAUUGUGACGGCUGUGAAAGUGAUGUUAAGAGAAAAAUUGAGAAAAUGGAAGGUGUUGAAUCUGUGGAAUUGAACAAGGAAAACUCACAUGUCACUGUUAAAGGAUCUGUGGAGUCUUCAAAGCUUGUUGAGUUUAUCAAAAAGAAAUUAGGAAAGCAUGUGGAGAUUGUAAAAGAAGAUGGUAAAAGAGAUCAAGGAAAAAAAGAUGAAGGGAAAAACAAUAAUGAGAGAGACAAUGGACAUGUAAUUAUGUACAGUUAUCCUCCACAAUACUCUACCCAAUAUCUUUAUCCCAACCAAAACUUCAGUGAUGAAAACGCUUUUGCAUGUUCAAUUAUGUAAAAGUUUCUCAUCAAAAUUAUUUUCUUUUCAAUAAAAUGGUUUUCU